AUGUCCGUCAAAGAUCGAACAAUUAUCAAGGCUGUUGCAGCCACAGCUGCAAGCACUUUACUAAUAUGUGGGAUCUUCUUCUAUUUCUUUUAUAGAUUUGCCAUGGCUCGGCAGCGCCAACGAAAUAAAUACCCUUCGAUUUUUUGUCGAGCAGAAGCAAUGGUGACUCGCAACGAGUUCAGGCAACAAGAGAGUACUUUGAAAGGGGUGAUUGUGGACGAGAUUGGGGUGGAUGUUCUCUAUUUAAGGAAGAAACAUGAAGGUGGGCAAUUGAGUGGUAGUUUCUCCAAGGUGGGGUUUAAUUCUGAGCAAGAAGAAGAAAAGAGGGUUGACAGUAGAUUAGAUAAACACAAAACAUAUGAACCGAUCCAUGAAAUUCCUUUGCUUCAUGAGCCAUCCCACAAAGUUGAUAUUGAAGCAAAAGCAGUUCCAACACUAACCAGACUGCUGUCCCCAGCGUCAGGACAGAUGCAACCCAGAUUACCACCACCAGAUCCUCAGCCUGCAUUCUUGCUGCAUCCAUUGGUUAUUCCAAUGCAAAAAACGCCACCACCGCCACCUCCUCCUCCGCCACCACCCAUCCCUUCUAAGCAAAUUCCCAAACCACCUCUGCCACCACUAACUUCAGCAAAAAGAAACCCUGCACCACCAACUCAGGUAGGUGGUUUAGUUUCAUCAUUGAAACCCCCUACUGCACCAAGAGGGAGAGAGUCGAGAAACAGCAACAAUAGCAGGACAGAGGCUUCAACCGGAGAAAGCACUAAAGGGAAUGGUGAAAUCCAAUUGAAGAUGCAACCACUGCACUGGGAUAAGGUUAUUGCCAAUGCUAACCAUUCACUGGUCUGGGAUGAUAUCAAUCAUGGCUCUUUCCGAUUUGACGACGAACUUUUAGAAACUCUGUUUGGAUACACUGCCACCAACCGAAACUCUGAAAGAAGUAAUGUAUUGUCAACUUCAGGUAGUUCCAACUCAGUGCAGCCUACUCAAAUUUUCAUUCUUGAUCCUCGGAAGUCCCAAAACACAGCAAUUGUACUCAAAUCUCUUGCAAUCUCUCGCAAAGAAAUCCUGGAUGCCCUCCUCGAGGGUCGAGGACUUGAUGCUGAUACUCUUGAGAAGCUAACAAAAAUUUCCCCAACCCAAGAAGAAGCAGCCAAAAUUCUUCAAUUUAAUGGAAACCCAACAAAACUUGCUGAUGCUGAAUCUUUCCUCUACCAGAUCCUGAAAGCUGUUCCCUCAGCAUCUGUUCAUACCAGUGCAAUGCUUUUCAGAUCAAAUUAUGACCCAGAAAUCCUUCAUCUCAAGGAGUCUCUGCAAACCCUUGAACUAGGAUGCAAGGAAUUGAGAACUCGGGGGAUUUUCUUAAAACUUCUUGAAGCCAUCCUCAAGACCGGUAAUCGAAUGAACGCUGGAACUGCCAGAGGAAAUGCACAAGGCUUCAACCUGAGUUCUCUUCAAAAACUUUCCAACGUGAAAAGCACUGAUGGAAAGACUACUCUCCUUCACUUUGUUGUGGAACAAGUAGUUCGAUCUGAGGGCAAACGUUGUGUGAUCCAUCGAAACCAUGACCUAAGCAGAGGUAAUAGCCAAAGCAGCAAAAAUAGUGACCACCAUUCAAAUAGCCUGACAGCCAAGGAAGUGAGAGAGAAAGAGUAUCUAUUGCUCGGGUUACCAGUAUUAGGAGGCUUAAGUACUGAGUUCUCUAACGUGAAGAAAGCAGCCUCUAUAGACUAUGACAGUUUCAUCAAUAAAUGCUCCUCUCUCACGGGCCGUGUCACUGAAAUUCGGCAGCUUGUGGCACAAUGUAGCAGUAGUGGAAGAGGUGGAUUUGUAAGGGAAAUGAAAGGAUUUCUAGAGGAAUGCGAAGAGGAGCUUAAGGUAGUGAGAGAGGAACAAACAAGGGUAAUGGAGCUCGUGAAAAGAACAACAGAAUAUUACCAAGCAGGAGUGUUCAAGGACAAAGGAACACACCUUCUUCAGAUUUUCGUUGUUGUUAAGGAUUUUCUGGGCAUGGUUGAUCAAGUUUGCAUUGACAUCACAAGGACGCUUCAGAAGAGGAAUAUGAACAAUGUGGCGACUUCACUGCCACUGUCGCCACCAACAAGGACUCUAGUAAGGUUCCAAAACUUGCAGGCUUAUUUUACACCUGAAAAGCCUGGGAUGUCAUCAUCUAGUGAAUCAGAGGAUGAUUUCUGA